AUGGCCGACGAGCCUUCAGAGGGAGAGAGCAUCAGUCUCAACCAUGCCAGAGAGCAAACUCUUGAGGCCGAUGUAAGUGACACCACCAAAAAAAUCAUCAAGGAGAUGGUCAUUGAUUGCUUUGAUAAUGUAGNNUCGUGGAGCGAUACUGAUUCUGCACUUGGUGAUGAUACUCNAAAGCACAACCACAUCAUUAAGCGAAUCGAUAUACAGCUAUCGCCAGGAACACGGCCGUACAUAUCAUGCUNNUACAAGGAUGGACAAUAUGUCUUUCCAAACGACGAGAGUUUUUCUGACACAAUCANNGCUGACAAGUACCCCGAAUGUGAGGUAAUUGGCAUCGACCUCAGUCCAGGACAGCCUACGUUCGUCCCACCCAACCUCAAGUAUAUUAUUGAUGAUGCGGAAGAGCUCUGGGUAUAUGAUCAUCGCUUCGACUAUGUUCAUUGCAGGCUCAUGGCCGGAUGCUUUGCAGAUCCAGAGAAACUCAUACAGCAGACGUUCGACAACCUUGAGCCUGGUGGCUACCUUGAAUUCCAGGAUUACGGACUACCCUGCAGAAGCGUCGACGACACACUGGACGGCACAUCCCUGGAGAAAUGGGGCAUGCUGAUGUGUGAAGCAGCUCGAAAGCUUGGCCGUCCAAUGGGCACAGAAGUGUCAGAAAAAUACAGAGAGUGGAUGGAGGCAGCUGGCUUUGUGGACAUCGAGGAGCAACACUUUAUGUGGCCCUCAAAUCCAUGGCCAAAGGACCGCUAUAUGAAGGAACUCGGCAACUGGAACAUGAUCAACAUUCUGGAAGGCCUCGAAGGAUUUUGUCUGGCACUCAUGACCAGAGGACUUGGCUGGAAGAAAGAAGAGGUCGAUGUGUUCGUCGCCAAAGUAUCAGCGGACGUCAAAAACAGAGGCAUCCACGCCUACUACCCGAUGCCGGUCGUCUGGGGUAGAAAGCCCUUGACGGCGAAUUGA